UGACACUCUUAUGCAUUAAUAUAAAGUUAAUGCCUAUACAGGCGUGAUUGUAGCAUGAAUCAGUAAUAUCACUCUUUAUUGUAUACAUAAUAGUUUACUGCUUGAUUAUUUAUAUCUUAAAUGAUUAUGAUAAUGUUUCAGUGGAUCAGGACUACUAGAAGCUUGCUGUGGCACUCCAGACUUCCCGAUGAACAGUAGGCGUGUAAGAUGGAAUGAGGAAAAUCUGGGGGAAAUUGAAGCGAAUAAACCAGUAAGGCAGAAAAUAACUGAACCCAAGACGCCGUACCACCCCAUGAUUGACGAUGAUGAUGGGUCUUUGUCUCCCAGAGGACGUAGUUUCAACGAUUGUGUCACUGAUAUGGAUGCUGAGGAAUUACGCUCUGCUUUGAAAGAUGUGGCUUCCUCGAGUAAAAAAGCAACAGGGCAAUCUGGUGGCUGGACAUCUUCUGACGAUGAGGCUGAUCAUAUGGAUCAUGAAGAUGAAGAUCGAAAUGGUAGGAGUUUCAAAGAGCAAAGAAAAGCACACUAUGAUGAGUAUUUGAAAAUCAAGGAACUGCGACGUAAAGGCUCUCUCCUUGAGGAUGAAGAUGAUGAAGUGGAGGGUGAGUCAUCUUCAUCGCUAAGCUCCGGUGUCAAAGACAUAGGAAUCGGGGAAGGUUCUGAAACUUUGCCGCUAAAAUCUUCUGCCAGUCCCGGGCAUCUCAGCUAAUGGGUUGUAAUUGUAGAAGUCUUCCAUCCAGUCUGAAAACCCAAAGCUCACUACAUUGAUGUUCUUUUAUGGUAGUUUCAUGUUUUUUUUUCCCUUUCAUAUUUGAGAUCACGUGCAAAAUUUUAUAAUUUGGUAUGUUUGUAUGGAGUUUUGAAUCUAAAGACUGAUGUUAACAAAUAAGUCUAUUCUCAUUCU